AAUUCCACCAUUACCCAAACUCUCUCACACCUUCUCUCACGCAACAAUGAAACUCCGCCCCCCCCACUCUCCGGCCACUGCCACCUCGCCUUCCCAUCGCCUACGUUGCCGCAUGGUCUGAAAGCGCCAAGCCUCUUUCUAUCUUCCGCUUUCUCUCUCUUCCGUUCUCUCCCUCCCUCUAACGAUCCAUCUCCUCUGUUUUAUGAGUUCCAGCAGUCCUCGCCGACAUAGUCGAGCAUUUCCGCCGAUUCUUCGUCGAACACUGCCGCUACCAUCGGUCUUUUACGGGAUUCUUGGUUUUGGAUUUGGAAGACGUUAGCUUGCUGUCCAGCAAGUGUUAAGGACCGUAUUGUUUGAUUUUUUGGUAGGAAGUUUUUGCUGAUGUUGUGAGGUGGUUUUGGAUUAAGCCACGUAUUGGGGGCUUUGAUCCAAGAUUACUCAAAAACAAGAAGAAGAUAAUUGCUUGUUAUUCAGCUCAAUUUUGAGAUCUUGAUUCCCAUUCGUCUGACUCAUCACCUGAUGAAGAGACCGAGGGUGACAAUAAUGCUGAAAGCGAGAGCAUUGAGUUGUGGCAAAUGGCGACUAUGAUUUCUGCGCAUAAUAACAGGGGAUAAAGCGUCGUAAGGUAGAGAAACUGGAAAACUCAGAGGAUAUUGUGCAUGAAGUUGAAGAGCAAAGUUUAGUCUAGCGGUCUUCUGCUCCUCAUAUAUUCUUUAUUUCGGUUCCUUUCUUCCCCUACCAACGUAACCUAUUCAGAAGUAUUAUCAAAGCAACAAUUAUGCAGUCAUCCUGGUUCAUUUGGAAAUAUGUGUAUCAUAUGUGGGCAGAGGUUGGAUGAGGAAUCAGGCGUGACAUUUGGGUAUAUACAUAAGGAGCUGAGGCUUAAUAAUGAUGAAAUUAACCGGAUGCGUAACAAAGAAAUGAAGGAGUUGUUGCAGCGUAAAAAGCUUAUCUUGGUUCUUGAUCUGGAUCACACACUAUUGAACUCAACUGAGCUACGGUAUUUGACAGUUGAAGAGGAGUAUUUAAGGAGUCAAACAGAUUCUCUUGAAGAUGUCACGAAAGGAGGAAGCCUUUUCCUAUUGAACUCCGUUCAUACAAUGACAAAGUUGAGGCCAUUUGUCCAUUCAUUUUUGAAAGAAGCUAGUAAGUUGUUUGAGAUGUAUAUAUACACUAUGGGGGAGCGAAGAUAUGCCUUUGAAAUGGCAAAGUUGUUGGACCCCAAGAAGGAGUACUUCAGUUCCAAAGUUAUUUCUCGGGAUGAUGGCACUCAAAAGCAUCAGAAAGGUCUUGAUGUGGUGCUGGGUAAGGAAAGUGCUGUUCUGAUCCUCGAUGAUACUGAAAAUGCAUGGACAAAACAUAAAGAAAACUUAAUAUUGAUGGAGAGAUAUCACUUUUUUGCUUCAAGUUGUCGUCAAUUUGGCUUCAACUGUAAAUCUCUAUCUGAGUUGAAGAAUGAUGAGAGCGAAACUGAUGGGGCACUGACAACCAUCCUGAAAGUUCUGAAACAAGUCCAUCAUAUAUUCUUUAAUGAAGUCUCGGGUGAUUUGGUUGAUAGAGAUGUGAGACAGGUACUAAAGACUGUUCGUGCUAAAGUUCUCGAGGGAUGCAAAGUCGUCUUCAGCCGUGUUUUUCCUACCAAAUUUCAGGCUGAGAACCAUCAUCUCUGGAAGAUGGUAGAGCAGUUAGGAGGCACUUGCUCAACCGAACUCGACCAAUCCGUCACACACGUGGUCUCGACGGAUGCUGGAACUGAAAAGUCACGUUGGGCUUUGAAGGAGAAGAAGUUUCUGGUCCAUCCACGGUGGAUAGAAGCAUCAAACUACUUCUGGAAACGACAAGUGGAAGAGAACUUUACCGUUGAGCAAACCAAAGUCGAGCAAACCAAGAAACAAUGACACCGUUUCUGUUUAUUACUGUAGUAGUUCCACAUAUCACUUAAAUGGAUCAUGGACAUGUUGGGGUGGGGUUUGCAUUCUGUGCUCUUAGUGUUUCCCCCAUAAAUAUUACUUAGGACUCUCUCACCUUAUUUGUAGGUCAGCGUCUCAUUUUUGAAGUAACCCUUAAAAUCAACUUCAAGGGUUGAUUGAAAUUCAAGCUCUUUUGGUCUCUGUAGAUGUGUAGAUGCGUUGCUUUGUAACCAUUUUGGGUUGGGUUAUAAUCAUAGGGUGUGUUAUUUUUGGCUUGUAAUUCAUUUUAAAAAAAAAUUUCAAGCCCUAACAACUAUGAUUCUGUAUUUGUAAUUCUGCUAAUGUAUUUGUCUCAUAUCAAAGACAGCAUUAGUUGAUAAGUUUCACGACGGAAAGAUCAGUGUUAGAAUUUUUAUCA